GAAAGAUACAUCCGCGGUUCAAACAAUAUAUGGCGCAAAAAUAACACAAAGAGCUAAAUAUUCAAUCCAUGACAAUGGUUUUAAGUUCUCUUCGCGAUCAUUUCGUCAAACACCUUUCCUGCACUAACGCUACCACUAGCAUCAUCACCAGUCGUUUUUUCACAGUCCGCCGCGUUCGCAGGCUAAUUCCGUUCAUUCACUUUUCUAACUCCAAUUCUGCACUUUCAAAAGAAAAUUACCAGCACCGGAAGCACAUCCAGACUGUAGCCCAAUUUUCCACCUUACCGUCUGCUUCUUCGGAGGCUACAGCUAGUGAUUCGUUCACUUCUCCUUACCUCUCUGUUCGCAUUUGCUGUCAAAAGGAUGUAGCUGAUAUGCUCUCAGAGGCUCUUUUAUGUUUCGGAGCCAGUUCAACUACUGUGGAUGCAGAAGAAAGCAGUGAGAGAAGUGAUGAGAUAAUCAUUACUUCCAUCUUUUCUGUAUGCAAAGAUGUGAAAGACUGCGUUUCACUUGCUGCUGAUUCUAUAGGGUUGCAAAAAAUACCUAGUUUUGAAGUUGCGAUGCAUGACCACACUAAUUGGAUAAAAGUUACACAGGUCAACAUUCUUUCCUUUGCUAUUGACUAUUGAGUAGUGUAGUAACUAAUAAAUAUUUUAUUGAUCUUCCACCUGCGUAUAUUUGCCUAGCAAAGUAGAUGUACUGAUAAGCCUGGUUUGAAAAGGCUUCAAAUCUUCUUUUGUCCCUAUGCUUAAUAGGAACCUGCUGAAUGUUGUUUGUCAUAGUGUUCAAUUACCAACUUUCAGGUCUUUAUGGGCAUGCGAUCAAGUUGAGUCAAUA